GCCGCUUCUGCUUCUCUCUCUCUCUCUCUCUCAGAGCACUCUACAGGUUGAUCAUUGACGUUUGUUCUGCAACUGAAUAGAUCCAUCUCGUUGAGCAAAAAGCCCAAAUAUAUUAAUUUAUCAGAUUUAGCAAACAAUGGCCAACGAAGAAAUCACCAACACUUAUGAGGAGGUUCGGAAGCAACGACUUCAAGACAAUAAAAAGCGUUUUGAGGAUUUGGGGAUUUUGAAGAUUUCCAGAAGUUUAUCUGAUAUCAAAAAAUCUGAGAAGAAGCCCCAGCAACGCCACACAAAACCCUUAUCAGGAAGCGCUUACUUAUUGGAGCCAAGACGUUCUUCACGUGCACGCAACCCAGUUCCUUCAUAUCGUGAUGAAGUUGACAUUGGCCUUCCACCUUUACGGAAGAGAUCAAAGUUCAAUUCGUCAUGGGCAAGCUACCUUGCAAGACCAUUAAAUGAAGUUAAAAGUGCUUCUUAUGAAGAAAGAGCUCGUGCUUUUAGGUUUGCAGAGAAGCUACAAAGCAAUCUGCAAUCUGAAAAUCCCUCUUUUGUUAAAUCGAUGGUUCGAUCUCACGUUUAUAGUUGUUUUUGGCUGGGGCUACCUUCUAAAUUCUGUGAGGAGCAUCUCCCAAAAUCCACAAUAGAAAUCGCAUUAGAGGAUGAGAAUGGGGCAGAAUAUGAGGCAAUUUACAUAGGCGCGAGAGUGGGGCUUAGUGGUGGAUGGAGAGCAUUUGCAUUGGAUCAUAAAUUGGAUGAUGGUGAUGCUUUGGUAUUCGAAUUGAUCGAACCAUCAAGAUUUAAGGUUUACAUAGUUAAAGCUUCCCGCCGUUCAAGGCAAGAAGAUGAUGUGCCGAUUGUAAACAAAACAGAAACUGAUGCUGAAAAGGCAUCAGAUGCUGAAGCUCCAGCCAGUGACACACAACCAAGGCGUUCGACAAGAGCAAAGAAAAAUGAGAAUUCAUCCCAAAUUGCAGCUAAGAAGAGGAACCGACGAUGAGGGCAAUUUAAAAAAACGUGCAAAUAUAGGUGGAAAUUGGCUUCAAAAUGACUUGAUUUUGAGCUUUUGUUUAGUUAGAGAACUAUUGUUUUUACCACAUUGAUCUAUUGUUGAACUUGUUGACGACUUACAUUGUGUGGUAGAUUUGGUUGCAAACACAUUUGGGGUUCCAUCAUUCUCAGAGCAUAGCACAUUCCCAUCGCAAUACCCUUUUUGUUUUAGGCUGUUGUGGCAUUAAAUUUCCUUCUUUAAAUUUCCUUCUUUUUCAUUUUUCCAAGUGUGAAAUUCAGGCCAUUAUUUCAAAUUAGUGUCUCCAAACUUAGGCGUUGUGUUUUUGUUUUUUUUUCUUUAUUGCUUACAUGAUAGCUCAAUUCAAAAUUUAAUU